UUAAUUUUAAAAUAAAAAAUGUAGAAAACUUUUCAUUGUUUUCAACUUCACUCGUUCAUUUUCAAAGACGCUUUCGGCAUCUUUUUUUAUUCGAUUUUCCAUUUUCAUUUUUGAAAAGCUUUCUGUUGCAAUCAUUCUUUGUCAUUCUUAGUUGCUACCCUUAUUUGUUGAUCGUCGAUUUUGGGUUAUUUUUGUGAGUUGCUUUACUCUGUCUGUCAUUGAUACCGAUGUCAGUUUUUCUUGGGUCAGUUUCAUUAGUCACAUGGAGUUCUCUUGUUGCUUCCAAAUCAAAAGAGGCUGGGGAAAUUUCACAUGAAUCUAUGAAAUGUCAAGUUGACGAAGGCACUUCUUCUUGUGCCCCUAAAUCUAAGGAUGUUGUUUACAAGAUUCAUGAAGCUAAUCGCUUUGAUUCGAGGGUGCAGAGAUUUUAUACACAUUCAAUUUUGGAUGACCUUAAAACUAAAUUUAAUGACGCUCAGAAUGCUUUGUUUGGGUCUACUAUUUUGGGUCAUUUUUUGGAUGUGAAAGAUAUAUGUUGGCAAGUUCAAGUUGUACAACAUAUUAUGUUGAGGGAGGUGCAUCAAGAAAAUGAUGAUGAGAUAUGGUUUUAGAUUAGCAAUCAAAUGGUUAGAUUUUUUGCUAACGAGUUGUCUUUGAUUUAUGGGUUAAAGCUACAUGGUGUGAGUCCCAUUUUAGUGGUAAGGGAAACCAAUUUAAAAGUAGGAUUUUCCCUCAUGUAACUGGUGAGGUGAAAAAGGAUGUUGAGGAAAAAAAGUGUCUGAGUGAUGAUGUUAAAUAUGAUGAAGAUUUGGCUUCAUUUUCUUGCAAACUAUUUGUUCGCAAAACCCCUAGAAAAAUUGUUGGUUGACAAUCUUUUUGUUGAAAUGGUUGAUUCUAGUUUUGAUGUUUUAUGUGGUUUUCCAUUCGGGAGGUUGUUGUGGGAUUUGACUAGGUCAUACCUGAAAGCCGGCUUGCAAGGUGGAAAUCAAAUAAUUGAUGGUCUGAGAAAAGAAAAUCAGGGUUUAGAAUUACACUCUUAUAAGUUAUUGGGGGUAUUCACUUGCUUUUCUUGUUUGGAUUUAUGAGACACUCCCACAAUUGUUUGAUAGGAUUUGUGUAAAAAUUUGUGAUGUAUAUCCAAGAAUUCUAAACUGGGACAGUAAAGAUCACAUUUCCUAUAA